AUGAGGCAAUCGAAAAGCGCCCCCUACGGAGCUUUACCAGGCGAGGAAAAUUACUCGAGAACAUCAGAAUUCCAAUCUUAUACGGCAAUCGAACUCCCUGAGAUCGACGACCAGAAAUAUCGACCCCAACCCCAACCCCUCAAGGUCUCUCAGUUGGAUAGAAUUUCUCGUCUAUUAUGGGACUUGACUCUUGCCAUUGUCGCCUUGCUCUUCACGGUGUUCGGUAUAUGGGUUUCUUGUAUCGAUGGAAAACCGGCGGGCCCGGACUCCAUGGGCUCCAAACUAUUUGAAGUCUCUCAAUAUGCACCCACUGUAUUCCCAGUCCUUUUCGCCGCUAUUGCCGGUAGCAGCAUCAAAAGUAUUGCAUCGUGGCGCAUCCAGACCACUGGAGGAGCGACGAUCGGGCUAGUAGAGCAAUGUCUCGGCAGCCAGAAUAUCACAGGAGCCAUUCUCACCCAGAUCAGGCUGCGCGCGGUAAACUUUGUCGCCGUCUUUACUAUUCUACUAUGGUGCCUGUCUCCGCUGGGCAGUCAAGCAUCUCUCCGGGUGAUUUCAAUUGUCCCGAGUUACCCAGGUAAUCCGGUCGAGUUGACCACUUUAAGCACUUUUACUCCGUACCAGUACGGCUACCACCAAAUGGCAACGGAAGCCAUAACAUCGGUCGCUAACCCCAUGACUGCCUCCUUGGCUGCGGGUAGGAUACUUGCGACCCGCAACCAAGAUCUCUGGGGUAACAUCCGCCCUCCUGUGAUUGAGAAUCUCGAGACAAACAGUACGGGUUGGAUGAAUGCACCCCAAAACGACAACUUGACGUACGCGUCUCUUGUCGGCAUGCCGGUGAUUGGCUUACCAGGCUCCGGCAACACAUCAUUUACCCUCUCAGGCUCGUAUCUAUCCGUGUCCUGUCCUGUCUUCGACACAAUCCACACUUUGAAUUUCACCAAUUUCACCGGGUCAAGUGCUCCAUCCCCCGGUAAUGGCGACGAUUGUAGCUGGACGAGCGCAUGGGGUGGAUACCAGUUUAUGAUUGCCAUCUCGGAGCCAUGUUCGUACUCACUCAACGCAUCAAUGACAAGGACUCGGAAUGCCCGUAAACUGGUAUGGGAAUCAUGGGAUCGCGGUUACGCAGGUGCUAUCGAUGAUAGAUCCCCCAUAACACGAGCCAUAUGCGACAUUACGACGACCUAUGUCGAUUCCAACGUGACAUGCGAGAGCUCAGGCGGAAUUCAGUCUACAAACACUUGCAACCUGUCCUCCGUUCGCCGGUCGGUGGAUGAAUCACAUUUCCACAAAAACUGGACUGUCUUCGAUCUCAAUUUGCCAGGUGAUCCCGAGCUACCGAAAAGCUAUAACUACGGAUUGUUGGAUAUCCUCACUACCCUGUAUCCCUAUGUCGAGCAGAAUGGCGGUCUACAGCCCUUGAUUGGAUAUUUUAUCGACCCUUAUAACCCCGUCGUGGACUUCUUCGGCGAGAAUCUCAUGUCGCCUAAGACCACAACCCCGAAAGUCUUUGGAACGCGUUUAUCACAGAUCUUCAAUUCCAUGCUCUAUCUCGGAGUCAGCCCCUCGGCAUUCACGGGCUCUGUUAACAUGACGAAAAUCACACAGAAAGGAAGCCAAAUCAAGAAUACCCCCGUCAAAUUCAUGGCCAAAAACACCCAUCUGCAAAAUAUCGUCAAAUGUGACCGUCCCUGGCUCGCCGUUCUCAUAGUUUCUUCAGUGGUUAUCUUCUGCUUUGCACUGGUGGGCGCCUAUCUCCACCUCAUAACGAUCGCUCCCGAUCUUCUAGGAUCGAUCUCUGUUGUCCUAUUGCAAAAUAAGAUCGAAGGAAUUGUUGGAUCUUCAACAUGGUCUUCAGAUGAAUGGUCCAAGAAUACGCGAGACACAAAACUAUGGCUUGGAGAUGUUCAGCCUGAAACUGACGUUGGAUGUCUUGCGUUAACCACCGUGGCACAAGAUGUUCCUGCUGGUUCAGUGAAGCAAAGGCUGUAUUAUUGA